UGGUGCAUUUUUCCAAGCCCGUCAACGUCAACUAAUCAACGUCAUUCUACAAUAACCAAUUCAAGCGUCGAGUAUAAACAACAACACCGCGCCACACAACAACCCCACUCGCAUGAGCGAUAUUUAACGGUACACACGUUUUUGGACAUACAUACAUACAUACAUAUUCUCCUCACAGCUGCUAUUUGUGGUUGAAAACAUCGAUCCACGCAAAUUUCUCCGCCUCGAGUCGGUUGGGCAAACAAAACUGGGUACAAUUGACUUUUAACAAAUCUGUAGCAGCAGCAGGAGCAGCAGCAGGAUCAGCAGCAGGAGCAGCAAACAAGUCUUGAGAAGGCGUGCAGUAUGGAUGUCAACGAGUAUCGUCGCCGGGGCAAGGAGAUGGUGGACUAUAUUGCCGACUAUUUGGAGAACAUACGAGACCGCCGCGUUUUCCCCGAUGUCAAGCCAGGCUACAUGCAUAACCUGCUGCCCGAGUUCGCCCCUGUUGAGGGUGAAAAUUGGGAUGCCAUAUUCGCCGAUGUAGAACGUGUCAUAAUGCCCGGCAUAACACAUUGGCAGAGUCCACAUAUGCAUGCCUACUUUCCUGCGCUCAACUCGUUCCCCUCCCUGCUGGGUGAUAUGCUAGCCGAUGCUAUUAAUUGUUUGGGUUUCACAUGGGCCAGUUCGCCUGCCUGUACCGAACUCGAAGUGAUUGUUAUGAAUUGGUUGGGUAAAAUGAUUGGCCUUCCGGAUGACUUUCUACAUUUGCAUAAUAAGAGUCCAGGUGGCGGUGUAAUACAGACGACAGCGAGUGAGGCGACAUUGGUGUGCUUAUUAGCCGGACGUACGCGUGCCAUACAACGUUUCCACGAACGACAUCCCGGUUUUCAGGAUGCGGAAAUCAAUGCACGACUGGUGGCCUACUGCUCCGAUCAGGCACAUUCCAGUGUGGAGAAGGCAGCGUUAAUAGGACUGGUGCGUAUGCGUUUCAUUGAGGCCGACGACAGCUUGGCGAUGCGCGGCAAAGCGUUGCGCGAGGCCAUCGAGGAUGACAUUAAGCAGGGUCUUGUGCCGUUUUGGGUUUGCGCUACGCUGGGCACCACGGGCUCAUGUUCGUUUGAUAGCUUGGAAGAGAUUGGCAUUGUGUGUCGCGAUUUCAAUAUUUGGCUGCACGUCGAUUGCGCUUAUGCGGGCAGCGCCUUCAUUUGUCCUGAAUUUCGCACCUGGCUAAGAGGCAUAGAGCGCGCCGACUCGAUUGCUUUCAAUCCAUCCAAAUGGUUGAUGGUGCACUUUGAUGCGACGGCAUUGUGGAUUAAGGACAGCACCGCCGUACAUCGCACAUUCAAUGUGGAGCCACUCUAUCUGCAGCAUGAAAAUUCCGGUGUCUCCAUAGACUAUAUGCAUUGGCAAAUACCGUUAAGUAGACGUUUUCGCGCCUUAAAAGUUUUCUUCGUUUUGCGUUCGUUCGGCAUUAAGGGCCUGCAGAAGCAUAUACGCGAAGGUGUACGGUUGGCGCAAAAGUUCGAAGCGCUCGUAUUGGCCGAUCAUCGUUUCGAGAUACCAGCCAAAAGGCAUUUGGGUAUGGUGGUGUUUCGCAUCAAAGGGGAAAAUGAAAUUACCGAACGUCUCUUGAAACGUCUGAAUCAUCGCGGUAAUUUGCACUGCAUACCAUCGUCCUUGAAGGGCAAAUAUGUCAUACGUUUUACUGUCACCUCUACAAAUACAACGGUCGAUGAUAUUGUGAAGGAUUGGAACGAGAUUAGGCGUGUGGCGUCUAUGAUACUCGACGAAAUGAAUAUAACGAUAUCGAAUAGAAAUAAAGUUUAUCUGAAAGAUACCAAAGAUAAAAGUGAAGCUUUCGGCUCGAGUCUUUUACUCUCCAAUUCACCACUCUCGCCGAAAAUCGUCAACGGUUCUUUCGCGGCUAUAUUCGACGCUGAUGAAUUUUUGGCCAAAACCUAUGCUGGCGUGCGUAUUGCGCACCAGGAAUCACCAUCGAUGCGACGACGAGUGCGCGGUAUUUUAAUGUCUGGCAAGCAAUUCUCCUUGGACUCUCAUAUGGAUGUUGUUGUGCAGAACUCUUUCGAUUCGGGCACAAACAACUCUAGUACGGAGGCUAACGGCACAGCCUCGCCUGUUAAGCGGAAUAAGAAUCCAAAUCCAAUAUGUGAGGAUAGUGAAGAGUCCACGGAAGACUAUCCAACGGCUAGACGCACGGCAACGCCGCCAGCCUACUCCACAACGAAGAUCGCAGCUGAAUAUCUAAGUCAACACGCUAUAAGUUCGCCCACCACACACCCAGCGCUGACGCACCGCAAAAGCAUCGCCACGCAAACGCCGCAACAUCACAAUAAACCACUACAUGCCGUCCUGGAUGAAGUAACCGAUGAGCUGUCCGACGAAAUGUGCUCAGCUCAUAGUGCGCCGAGUGCGCAAUUCGUGUCCGCCGGUUGUAAGCUGCUCUUGGCAAGCGCCCAGCCCAUACUCGCCGUGACCAACGCCUCAUCCACAGCGCCUGCAUCGUUGCGUACAACGCCGUCGUCACCAUUGCAAGCGCGCAUUGACAAUAAUAAUGUCAUGCCGCAAAUGCAAGCGUUUGGCGUCACAACACGCGCCAUUAUGCGCGCCAAUACCAUGCAGGAGGUAUAUCAUGGCAAGCGUUAUCUGGAUACCGGUCUGAGUGUGGGUCCAUCAAAUAAUUACUUCUCGAACACCAUAGUCAACGCAAGUACACCGAGUGGCGGCGCCACACCUACCACACCCAGCAGCGAUACAACCGAUGCCGAGUCACAGUGGACCGCGCUGUUUCACAGUUUCGAUGCCGCACCUGUACCUUCAGCCUCAGCGCGUGGUGUUAGCACUUUGCCGUUGCGUCUUAUAAAUUUAGAAAACAAUUCGCUACGUUCCGCAAACACAUUGCCCAGCAUCGAUGAAAGCGCUUCGGAGUGCAUGUCAAUAUCGUCAUCGUCCACUCAAGCGGACACAUGUAGCGUGUCCACGCAAUUGUUAUCGAAACGUCAGAAUGUUACGCGUUAUUACAGCGCGCCCAGCGGACGGCAAGCUAGCCAAGGACAGGUGACGGCGACGACGGUGAACACAUCGCCGCGGUUGUCCUUAUCGGCUAACGCAGCGACACUCUCCGAGGACGAGACGGAUGCAGAUGCGUGGCAGGUGGCGCGUUGCGGUAGCUCUGAGGAAUAUUCCAUUACAUCAUCGGGUGCACAGUCGCGCUCUUCGUCGUUGGAUUUAAUUUGA